AUGGAUGUACUUGAAGUAGUAAAUAUUUCAAAGGCCCAGGCUAUUCAGCGGGCUGGACGUGCAGGACGUGAAGCUCCGGGAAAAUGUUAUAGACUAUAUUCCCAACACGAUUAUGAGGGAUUUGAAUCGGUGGAGGUGCCUGAAUUGCUUCGUUCAAAUAUAUCUUCGGUUUUGCUGAGCCUUAUUAAUCAUAGUUUAUCCCGUCUUGAACAAAUGAGCAAACUUAUUGAUUCUCCAAGUAAUGAUCAACUUCAAUCGGCCACUUCUGAAUUACUUGCAUUAAAUGCUAUUCAUUUGGAACAAAUAGGGGAUCAUUUGAAUGUUCAUAUAACAGAGGAAGGUCAAAGCCUUAUUUUGUUUCCAGUUGAGCCAAUUCUUGCAAAAAUACUUUUGGCUGCUUCAAGGCUUAAUUGUCUCGAAGAAGCUUGUACAGUUGUUGCUUUUCUUUCUGUUGAACAUAUCUUUCAAAAUAAUAAUCAAGAAAUUUUUUGUAAAUUAGAAACUGGAAAAUAUGGCCAAGAAGAUUCUUCUAAUUCACUUAAUACCUCUUUAGCUAACUUUAAUACUAAUGAUGGUGAUCAUGUUCGUUAUGUUAAAAUUUUUAGAAAAUAUAGUAGUGACAAAACUGCAAAGAAAGAUAAGAAUUUUUUUCGUGAGCUUGGCCUAAUCGAAAAUUCUAUAGAAACUGUGAUUCUAAUUCGUAAACAAUUGAUGAAAUUAUGUCACAAUAAAAAACUACCAGUUAGAAGUUCCAUUUGUAAAGGACUCGUACAAAAUGCUUGUAUUUAUGAUUCUUCUUCAAGAAAUUAUGUCUUUGCAAAAGAUCGAAAGAUUGUUGUUCGUAUUCACCCUUCAUCUUGCUUAAAAAAUCAAACAAUGCCGGCCUUUGUUUUCUCUGAACUUAUUAAAACAAAUGAGAUUUAUGCUCGUGAUAUUUGUCCAAUUGAACUAGAUUGGAUUAAAGAAUCUCAGGAAAUUUGUUCUACAACAAAUCGCGAAUUGGAUCGUGUUAAGCAAUUAAGAUUAGUUACAAGUCCUUGUUCUUCAAUUUCUUCUACCUCCUCUAAUUCUCAAAGAAAAGGAAUAUUACCUAUUAAAAAAACAAAAGCACCAAUAAUUACUGAACAAAAAAAUGUAAUUCAACCUCGUAAAGUAAAAAUAACAGAAAAAAAGAAUAACAAACCAGCAAAUAAGCAAAAUGCCAAAAAGAACGGAAACGAUAAAAAAGUGAAAGAAAAGGAUGAAGAAAAAAUUGAUGAGGAGAAAAAUGAAAAAGACAAUUCAGAAUGUAAUGGAAUAAGAUCAAAAUUUUCUCGGCAGAAUCUCGGAGUUAGUCAUAUUUUAGUUCAAAUUCAAAAGGAUGCACUUGCUCCAGUUGAAAAAGUUAAACAAAAAUUUGAGAAUAAUAAUAGAGGCAAAAAAAUAGCAGAAAAGAGAAGAAAAAAAGAGGCAAAAGUUAAACCUCUUGUUGCUUAUGAAGUAUCGAGUGGUUCAGAAUCAUCAAAAAAUGAGGAUGAAGAAAUUUUAAGUGAUGAUAGUUUAUUACUUGAUUUAAAUUAA